AUGAAUAAACUAUUAUUUUUGCUCUUGCAAUUCUUAUUCCACGUCUCUGCGUUUUCGUGGUUUUCACGUACAGAAUAUCAAAGGUACAUUCACAUAAAAAUUUAGCUCAAACUUAUUUUCUAAUUUCAGAAAUCCUGAAAUUUUGCAAAAGGAUGGAUGUAUAAAUCAGAAUAAACUAGAAAAUGUAUUUUUGCGACCAAAACAUCAACCAAAAACAAGAAGAGUUUGGAGAUCAAAAUAUUCGGAAUUAUAUGGACCGAUAUGGAAGUAA